GCUGACCUGUAGAUCACUAAGCCAAGAUGGCGCCGGGGGAAGGCGCCGUCGCAAGAGCUCUCCUGUGCGCAGUCUAUUUUAUGUUUGUAUUCGUUUUUGAAACGCUUGCCACUGUAAGAUAUGAUCGUGAGACACUUCUGAAGAUCCGGGAUGAAGGUUGUGGACUACCACAUGUUAUUCCCGAACUGAAGUGUGCUGAUUUUGUUGCGUGCCCUACUCGGGGCAAGAGAAGCCAUGAGUUGAGCCACGGAGAUCGGGAGCAGAGCGAGGGAACUGGGCGGAGGCAUCGUCACACACGCCGCUCACCUGAGCCUCAGAGCGCUGACGCUACAGGUUGCCUGCGGCGGAAGCGCAGACACCGAGGAAAGCGGGGAGGGCUGCUCGUGAAGCUACGCAGCCGCCCGUCGAGGAUUCCGCUGCCAUCCAUCUACCUGGCAAACGUCCAGUCAUUGUCCAACAAGACGGACGACCUGUUGUGCCGCAUCCACACCCAGCGCGAGGUCCGGGAAAGCUCCGUGUUCUGCCUGACCGAGACAUGGCUUCAUUGCAACGUGCCGGACUCUACUUUCCAGCCACCGGGAUUCUCCGUUCACCGCUCGGACAGAGUGAAAGAGCGCACCGGGAAAUCGAAGGGAGGAGGACUCUCCCUUAAAGGCGGUACAGAUGCUGUGGAUAAACUUCAUCAUGGACCCUCUGGCCGCUCUGGCUCUUGCCACCAACCAGCCGACGGAGUCUCUGCUCAAACAAAAAUCUUGCGGACGCAACAAAACCCUCAUCUCCAGGACCAUGAUGAAGAACAUUCUGGGCCACGCCGUGUACCAGCUUGUCGCUAUUUUUAUCCUGGUCUUUGCUGGUGAGCUUAGGGGAAUCCUCCAUCCAAGUUUAGAGACAUCUGUGUAAUUAUAGAAGAUCUUAGAUUCACUUUGUGGUUCUUUUCUUUCAUUACUUCUCAGGUGAGAAAUUGUUUAGUAUUGACUGUGGCCGCAAUGCUCCCCUGGACUCCCGGCAUCAGUGCAUUACACUAUUGUGUUUAAUGCAUUCAUUAUGAUCCCUAUCUAUGAUACCUACACUGUAACAAAUUGCUGUAAAAAUACAGCAUAUUUUGUACAGUAAUAUACCGUUCUUUGUAAAUACAGCUGAAUACUGUAAAUUCACGUGUUUUUCAAGAACAAAAUAUUAACAGCAAGCUACCGUACAAUCUUA